GAGAUGUUAAGUAGUCCCAUAUGUCCACGGUUGUGGUUCCUUCACCUGAAACUCUUGCUUCUGGCCACAAAAUACGAGAGACUUUUGCAGUUCCGCACUGGUCAGUCUUUCUUGUCGAGUGUUGACAGAUUCAGGUCGUUACCAUGGCACUGGCGAAUCCCACGUCCACGUCAGCAGGUAUGGCUUCAGCCUUCUGUUCUGUUUCGCAUCCGUUUCGUUUCGUUUCGUUUCGUUCAAUCAUCAAAGAAGGCCUGGAAUGCUCUUAUGAAUGAGAACAUGGUGUGCGCCUCGCUCAUAAGCAUCUUCCACUUAUGGGACCUCGUUUGGAAACUCUCCAAUCGGUUGAUGGCCCCCCAGGCUGCCUUGCCCGGGCUGCUAUGUCAUUGUACCAAGGACCCAAGGCGCCAUCUGGUUGGAUGCCGCCUGAAGACUUGGUAGCUUCGACACACGACGACUCCAUCACUCCAAGUCGACCAACGAACACGUUCCCUUUUCUUUUUCUUCACGUCGAUUGCUUCUUCCGUUGAUCCACUACUUUUGGGUAUCCUCCAACAAAAUUCGAAGACUACCGGGAUGAUCGGUGCUGCCUCUCCUUUGUGCCAGCACAUGUACAGUAGCCUGUACCCCUGUUAUGAGCUUACUAGUCAGUUGGACGAAGUGACUCUUUUGCCGUCACGUCUUUCAAACCUCAUCCAUCGAUAUCGGGACCAUCAUCAACUUUGACGACGUACCGUAUUGCUGAUCGUUAUUCGCAUCGUCUCGCCUCAUCGGCCAAUCACUUCUUCGGUUCCAUUAAACAGCUGGGCGUGUCUGCGGAGACACGCAAAAGCACCGUAAUCUUGUACGGAGCCCCGUGUGUUAUCACAUCUGGAACCAGCCCUUUCCAGUCUUUGCUGUCAAGAAGAACAUCGCUCUGUUCAUAGAAACAGAGUGACUGGCGACUCGAUCCAUACUCUUUUCCAGCAACCGGAAGAAUCUUGCCUGUAGCUUCCUCGUCGAUACUCCUCGAGCCUCAUCCCCUGGAAGUUCCGUCUUGCGUGGCAUCUUUCAACCUCUGGUACAGCCGCCAGCAUCGAAGGCAAGGAGGAUAUUGGUAGUUCGGGGGCUUCACUAGCAUCAUUCAGUGUGCUUUCAUACGUCCUACCAUGGAUCCUCAUUCUGAGCUUCGCGGGCCCGUGGCUCCGAUGUGCAUUACCUGCUCACAAGCAUGUGAGAGAAAGAAUGGUCGUUGGGUGUGCAUCAACUGUGACCUUGCCUAUAAGCAUGAUCAAGGAGAUCUCAAAAUAGUGUCCCAGGACAGUCCCACUACCUACGGUAACGGGGUAGUCUCCCGGCCUCUUCCGGGAGCGCAAGAGCAAGGCCAUCAAUCUCCCUCUCCCUGUCUCCCUAAGACAGCAGACGAAUGUGAGAACCACCAAGCCUGGACUCUCCCAUAUGUUGUCAAACAGGACAGCCCGUCGAGUCAUGAUCAGACCAGGGAUGGCUCUGUGCCCACACUUUCUCAAGUGUAUGCCUUCCAAGGAAGCUGUGACAGUGUUGACCACGGCUGGCGGGUUGUGCAUAAUUGCCCAAGCCAGGAGAGAGCUGAACCAAACGAAUCCUAUGAACCGAUGGACCUCGAUAGCGAUGAUGAGGAACCUAACGACGAGGCGUUUCACUCCUGGAUCGAUGAAACAACGAGACCGGGAAUGAACGGGAGACAAAGAGACAUUAGCCACGUCUUGGAUCGAGUCGCCUUUCUUGGUCUGGAUCGAGACACUUCUUCGAUCGCACUCCAAGACGACAUGAUGCUCGAAAUUUCCGACGACACAGAUAUGGAGGAGUGAAACAUGUCUUUCUGGCUUCCAGCCUUUGGGAAAAUGAGGUAUAGGGGACGGGAGUGAACAUGGCGAUAGAGACUUCUAGAGGACACACUGAGUGCGUUCGCGCCCUCUCCUGUCGUGCCUGUCAAGGCAAGCAGCAGUCUUUCCAGUUUCUAUACGUAAACGUCGACCGAAGGGCAGGCACCCCCCGCUGCUGGCAGUUAAGGUACGAUAUGAAGAAUCGGGAAAGAACCAUUGCAGCCGGCGCAGACAGGCGUGGUGCUUCGCGAAGGUUGCAUGAUAGAUGAAAGAUUAAAAGGAGUGCAAGGAAGAUACUGAACGUCUUCAAUGCUUAUGAUGGAUGAUAAUGACUAGGAUAGGGCAAGGAGGGAUGCGUUGAUUGCUUUCGCUGGGAAUUGUCUUGGCUUGGGAUGGCUUUCUCCUAGACUGUUUGAGCGUGGUGGUUUCUUUGUUUCGCUUGUGUUGGUGGUCUAUUUGAAACGCGAGGCGGGCUGCAAUGAUAUGUCACUUUCUCUCAGCGCCUUGUUCAAUUGUAUUUGAGACUCUGGUCCCGACAUCGAAAGCUCGCCAUACCUACGCAACCAAUUUGUAAAUGAUUCAGGCUGUGUAAACUUAUUGCUUGCGAAUAUUCUCCAUCCCUUUCACUGGG